UUAUGUAUCAAACGAUUGUAAACAACUGAAUUAAUCUCUGUUUUUAUUUCAUAUGUGUACAAUUUUUUCGUGUUUCAUUUGAAUUUCAAAUAUUUGGCGUAAAAAAUGGCAGAAUUCAACGCCACUCAAAUGGCCCGGAGGAAGUUCCUCCAAAUGGCUAUAUCAUCACAACUGCUAGAGCAUGAUUUCGAUAACGCCGACAAAGAAUGUCUGGAAACGCUCACGGAAAUGAUGCAAAGCUUUAUUGUUGAACUGGGUCAGUCAGCGCGAAACUAUUGCGAACUAGCAGGCAGAACGCAACCCGUUAUAGGAGACGUUGUGAUUGCCCUGAUCAAUAUGGGAAUUUCCGUCAGAGGGUUGGAAUCGUUCGCUAAACGCGAGGGUCGUCAAAUUCUCCCCCAGCCCCAGCUGGCGCAAGCACAGAAGCAACCGAGUAUCCUCCAAGCUGGACAAAAAAACUCUCACCCAACGCACAUUCCCAACCAUUUGCCCUCUCUGCCCGAUCCGCACGCUUACAUUCGAACACCGACAUACAAACAACCGGUCACCGAGUAUGAAGCCAUUCGGGAGAAGGCAGCCUCCCAGAAGCGCGACAUCGAGAAGGCACUCACAAAAUUCCUAGCCAAGACCAGCGAGGUUCACAGCCUCUUCGACAACGAGGACAAUCCGAUGUUCCCGCUGAUCGCAUGUAAACCCUCCUUCCCGCCGUACCUCCAAGCUUUGAAUCCCACCGAUCAAAUCUUCGACUUCGAGGAAUUGGAAUACUACUAUCAGGUAGCGAACCGGAAGGAGGACCCAGCCGAAACGAAGGAGGAUGAUGACGACGACGAUGGUGAGGACGGCGAAGGGAAGCGUGGCGACGACAAGGAUACCGAUGGGAAGGAUAGCGAGUCGACUUCGCCGAUUAAGAGCGAAUGUCACGGCGCGGGUGGUGAAAGCAAAAUGGGUCCUCCGACGGUGACGGUUUCGACGGCCAGCGGAAAUAUCACGACGGCGCAGAUUAAUCUGACCAACAACAGUCCGACGAUCGACAAUCCGUACCUGCGGGCGGCCACGAUUCCACGGAAGGUGAAGAGUGAGGGAGCUUCGGGGUUAUUCUAGGUUUUGUUUGAUAAAAUAUUCAAUGUAUUAUGUACUAGCGGAUAAUAUAGUUUGUCUAUAAGUA